AUGAAUGAUGAGUUUUUGAAAAAGCUUCGUGAUGAACUUGACACCAAACCUAGACCGGCGUUUAUAAUUGAAGACUCUGUAUUGAAAUAUCAGGGAAAGUUGUGUGUCCCGAAUGAUGCGGCUUUGAAAAGGAAAAUUUUGGAGGAAGCUCACAAGUCAAUGCUUACUAUGCAUCCAGGAAACACCAAAAUGUACCAAGACUUGAAGUCAGUGUAUUGGUGGUCCAACAUGAAGAGGGAGAUUACCGACUUCAACUCUAAAUGCUUACAAUGCCAGCAAGUAAAAGCGGAACAUCAGAAACCAGUGGGUCUGCUUCAACUUGUUACUAUCUACAUUGAUGAGAUUAUUCGACUGCAUGGGGUUCCAGUGUCUAUUGUAUCAGAUAGGGAUUCUAAAUUUGUUUCUAGAUUUUGGCAUAAGGUUGGUGAUAGAGCUAUUUAUGGGGCUGAACUUGUGCAAGAAACAACUGAGAAGAUCAAUAUCAUCCAGCAAAGGAUUAAAACUGCACAGAGUCGGCAGAAAAGCUACGCCGAUCAACGAAGAAGGGACUUAGAGUACGAGGUGGGAGAUCAUGUAUUCAUCAAGGUGACCCCAAUGAAGGGGCAUAUGAGAUUUGGUAAAAAGGGAAAAUUGACUCCUCGCUACAUUGGGUCGCUUCAGAUCCUUGAGAGGUUGGGUCCUGUUGCUUAUUGUAUUGCCUUGCCGCUGGGGACAGAACAAAUGCAUAAUGUUUUCCAUGUAUCCAUGCUUCGUGGUUAUCUUAAAGAUCUGUUCCAUGUGGUUGAUUACCACCGGAUUGCUUUGGAUGAGGAUAUGAUGAAAAACGUGGCAAAAUCCACAAGGAGUCAACUUCAGGUCUUGGGUAAUCCAAAAAUGAAAAGAGAAUCUUGA